AUGACCGGAGCGUUGCAGAGCAACAACCUGGCCAGCAUCCUCUGUGUCCUACCUCCCUGUUGUAGCGGCCACUUGGGAGCGGACAAUCGUAGUCAACGUCAAUCACAGUCCCGUCUCGAAGAAGAACGAGAGCACCUCCAAGUUUGGGGUGUGCCAGCGAAUCCUGCUCGUCAUGUCGACGAUCGUGGCGGUGUCACCGGCGUGCGGCAGGUGCCCCUAGAGCUCGAGGUAGUGAACGUUCUUGAAUGUCGUGAGACCCGUGACAGCGUACCUACCAAUGUCAGGGGACAAACGCUUGUCCCUCAGGCGCAGGUGAUCGCGUGCACAAAGUGUUGGAAGAAUGCCGUGAGCAUAGUUUUGGAGCUGUCUGCUCUUAUUGCUUUCAUGGCGACCAAUGAGAACCUCCUAUCAAAUGUCAUCAGACAAUUGGCUAGAGAAAUGAAGAAUCUUGAUGAAUCACCUCCAGAAGGGAUUAAAAUUAUUGUUAAUGAUGAUGACUUCACUACCAUUUGUGCUGAUAUUGAGGGCCCUGCUGGCACUCCAUAUGAGAAUGGGUUAUUCCGGAUGAAGCUAUUGUUGUGUUGCGACUUCCCUCACUCUCCCCCAAAAGGAUUCUUCUUGACAAAAAUAUUCCAUCCAAACAUAGCAACUAGUGGUGAGAUAUGUGUGAACACAUUGAAAAAGGAUUGGAGCCCUAGUCUUGGAUUAAGACAUGUUCUGCUGGUAGUGAGAUGCCUUCUGAUCGAACCAUUCCCUGAAUCUGCCCUUAAUGAACAAGCUGGAAAGAUGUUACUGGAAAACUACGAGGAGUAUGCACGCCUUGCAAGGCUAUACACUGGCAUUCAUGCACAUAAACAUAAGAAUAAGUCCAAAACCGGAGCUAUUUGCGAGUCAACCACAUCUCUAAAUGCGGGUCAGAGUAAUGAAACUGUUCUGAGCAAGAACACAGCAUUGGCUCCAGCACUGUCAUCUACGUCCACCUCAACCAAAGUUCUAGGCUUACAUGAUCAGAAUGCUGCUCCUUCUGAUCCUGCGGUAGGAGGAGCGUCAGCAGCACAGAAGAAGGACGGUCUGCUCGCUGUCAAAAUUCCAGUUGAAAAGAAGAAGAUCGAUGCCAGGAAGAAGGGCCUGAAGAUGCUAUAG